UUUAAUAUUGAGGUCAACUAGCAUUACGAAAUGUCGACGUUGUCAUCAUAUCACCGUUUACAUAUACCUGUGUUGAUUAUUUUCAAUAUUAAAAUGUUCAUACUUCAAGCUUACGAACAUAAAUGCUAUUCAUUAUUUGACUGUGAUGGCCGAGUUUGCUGUGCAGUGAGUUUCAAUCCUUUGAUUAAAGUAUGCAGUAAUAAGAGCAGUAACUGUGUUGGUAUGGCAUGUCUAAAAGAUCGUGACUGCCCAGGAUAUCGAGAAUGUUGCGACAAUAAGGUUUGCACGAACGACGUAGAAAUAUGCGGUUGCAAGUAUGUUCGUGAUCAUGUAUGCAGAGAUGACGACAAAGUCUGUUGUAUACCACAUCUCAGUCUCUCGAAAGAGAAACGACUUUGUAAACACAAGUGUGAAUAUCAUCCUUGUAGUGCUGACUACGAAUGUGGUAAAGAUGAAUGCUGUAAUCGCAAUAUUUGUUCAUCAAAUUGUACUCGACUACGGGAAUGUGGCGUUGAGUCAGACUGUUCAAACGCAUCAAAAUGUUGCGAAUCCAACGAGAUGAGUGGUAAAAAAGCGUGCAUGCCAAAAUGUACUUAUAAACAAUGUGUGACAGAUGGCGAUUGUGCCGAGUUGUCUCUGUGUUGCGGAGACGAGAAACUGUGCAAAAAAUGUAGAAAUUCUUCUCAUUCUUUGACAAAGUUUAUAAUCAUAUCUUGCGUUCUAUUGUUUGUCAUAAUUUGUUCACUUCUUGUUCUCACGGUCUGCUGUACACGGAGAGGACGAUGCGUCUUGUUUAAACCCAGGAGCCAUGAAGAAGAGACAUUCGAAUUACACAGUGAAACUGUGGCGGAAAAUGACGCUCCAAAUGAAAACCUUCCUCCACCACCGUACUCUAUACUUAAUCAGCCUUUUCCAGCGUCUCAGAAUCAAGAAUUCCCACCAUUAUACAGAGCACAGGGAACCUAAUGUAGCUAUAUACCGAAGUUUAAA